AUGAUUGGGCGACAAAAAUCCACCAUAGACCUUGUAGUCCGUAAGUUAAAUUCCCAAGAGAAGAAAAUUCACCAGGUUCUAUCCACGUACCGGAAGAAGAAUAAAAAGAAUAAUAAAAAUAUUAAUAAUAAAAAUAAUAAUAAAAAUAAUAAUAUUAAUAAAAUUAAUAACAAUAAUAGUGAUCAUAAUAAAAAUAAAAUAACUAUAAGGAGUAAUAAUGAGAGAUUUAACAACAAGAGAUUUAACAGCGACAACGACGAUGAUGAAGGCUCGGGUUUCGACAAUUAUAACAAUAAUAAUAAUAACAUCGACGAUGAUGAUGAUGAUAACUACGGCGAUGAUGAUGAUGAUGGUGCUGGCUAUCAACUAAUCAGCGACGAGGAGGACGAUGAGUAUGGCCGUCAGCCAAUCAGCGACGAGGACGACGAUGACGUAGAUGACGAGUACUAUUACGAUGAGAAUGGUAACGUAGUAAAACGUCUGAACGAUGACGACGAUGAUGAUGAUGAUUACGAAGAAGAUGAUGAUGAUAAUGAUGCUGGUCGUGAUGAUGAUAUCACUCUUGAAGAUAACAACAACAACAACAACAACAAUAAUAAUAAUAUUACUGAUAGAAUUAAUAACAAUAAUAAUAAUAACCUUGGCAAAACUGCUUCUCUUAGCAACAACAAUGAUAACAACAACAAUAAUAAUAAGAAGAAGAACAGCAGAGGAAUUUCUUUACAUGAUAUCAAAUGUGAUAUUAAAUCAGUCGUUAUAUUAUAUAUAUCUCUGCUAUCAUUUGUAUCAUAUUGUAUCCUAUAAUGGAUGAUAGUUUGUUUAUGUGAUUUUUAAUCUUAUUUCAUUUUUAGAUACUUUAUUUUUUGUUAAUUUUAUAAAUUUAAUAAUGAUUUAUAUUAAUAUUAGUUUAUUAAUUCAUGUUUUCAAGUUUUUAUUUUGAGUUAUCUAUGAAAUAUUCAAGUUUUUUAUUUGUUCAUGACCUAGAUGUGAUUGAUUCAUAUUUAUUGGUUUAUAACCAUUUAUUUGUUCAUUUUUUAAUUCAACCAUUCAUUCGUUCAUUCGUUCAAUCAUUCAUUCGUUCAUUCAUUCAUGUUUCACCAUGUGGAUGUGAAUUUUAUAUCGAUUUUGCUUAUUUUGAUUUAAAAAAAAAAUUGAAAAAUUAAUAAUUCUUUCGUCAAUUUUUGAAAAUUUAAAAUGAAUUAAUGAAUGAACGAGUGAAGAAGUUGUAUCUUUUUUUCUGUCUAUUUGGCUUUCAUUCAUUCACUCUUUCAUUCAUUCGUCUAAAUGUAUUUCUCUCUGUCAUUCACAUUUUUUUACAUGUUCCGUCAACCAUUCAUUCAACCAUUCAAUGGGUUCAUUCGUUCAUUCAUUUAUGAAUUAUUUGAUCAUUCAUUCAUUCAUUUAUUCAUUUAUUCAU